UGCUGCAGUCUCAUCAUCUGCAUCAGUCUACCCGGAAACAGUUAUUUGCUUUGGGUGGUCUUGAAGAAAGUGGGUUUGAGCAGCUCGGCUGAUUGUUUACUCCUCCAUCUGACAGUGUCCGACCUCAUCUUCACCUUCACGUUGGUUCCCUGGACCAUCAAUCAUAUUUGGGGAUGGAUUUUUGGAAAUCUGGCCUGCAAGCUGUUCACCUGGUGCAUCUUUUUGGGCCUGUACAGCUACAUGAUGUUCCUCACAGUCAUGACAGUCCAUCGAUACGUGGCGGUGGUGUAUCCGGUGUUCGCUUCAUCUGUAGGGAAUCGUAGCAGGAUUUACACGCACAUCUCGUCUGCAGUGGCAUGGUUGAUCUCUGUGGGCUUCAGUCUGCCUGAAAUGAUCUUCUCUGGAACUGUGGAUGGACCUGAUGGUGUAUUCUGUGUUCCCAACUAUAACUCAAUAUUUGUGGAGUUGUUUGGAUAUUUCACUCAGAUAAUUCUCUUUUUCCUGCUGCCAUUCCUGGUUAUUGUGUUCUGCCACACACGGAUGGGUUUUGCCAUCCUUCAGAGUCGCAUCCGAAGCAGAAACCACGCCGUAUGCGUCAUCCUAAGCAUCGCCGUGGGAUUCUUCAUCUGCUGGGCGCCGUAUAACAUCUUCCUCUUCCUCUUCUCCUUGAGGUCUCUAGGCGUUUUUGUGUUGAGGGAGAGCGUUUUGGAGGUCAUCUACUGCAUCACUCACGUUCUAGCGUAUUCCCACUGCUGUCUGAAUCCACUCGUCCACAUCUUUGGAGGGAAGAAGUUCAGGAAUUACCUGCCAUGGAGCAGAGGUUUCCGUCGGCUCUCGCAGAGGAUCAGCACGCAAACGUUUAGCAACCCCAACAGCUUCUCGGGUCAGUUUCAUCUCUGAUCAUGUCAAAGGUCAUGAUGUC